AUGGACUAUGACAUAGAAGUGCAUGUUCAAAGAUGUCAGGAAUGUCAACAGACGCGUCAUGCCCCUCCUAAAGCUCCAGUGCAUCCUUGGGAGAUUCCAGAGAAACCUUGGUCCCGUCUUCAUAUGGAUUUUGCAGGUCCGUUCCAGGGACAAGAAUUUCUCAUCUUAGUAGAUGCCAUGUCAAAGUGGAUAGAAGUACGUCAUAUGACUUCUCCGUCUGCUUCUGCUACAGUCGACGUCCUGCGAGAAAUCAUUGCUACCCAUGGGAUACCUGAAGUCAUCGUUUCCGAUAACGGAGGCAGUUUCGAGCAUCGAAAUACCAGACUUUCUAAGAGAGGAAUCUCGUCAGAAGGGUUAUGA